CUAUGAGCUCAUCCAGGCCAUCCUCUCUUCAGAAGACAAGGGAGAAAAAACGCCCAGCCCACCAAAUCCAAGCUGGGAGAAGCAGCGACUCGAAAAGCCUCGGAACCAGCAGCAGCCAUGAACAUGAAAACCGUGGUUGUGCUGCUCCUCCUGGCCCUGGCCACAAUCUUUGCCCUCGUCUGCGUGCUGCUGACCCGGGCACGGGCCCCCAGCUCCUGCCAGCAGCAGCCCUUGGCACAGGAGGAAGCGGACGACGGCCACAGCCGGGUCUUUGCCGACCUGACAGCCGAGGAGCUGGCCCAGGUGGUGCAGUACCUGCGGGUCAGCCUCGGGGUGCCGCUGGCUGAUGCAGCGCGUGCCAAACCUUCUGACAACUGCAUUGCCUCCGUGGACGUGCAGCUUCCGGCCAAGGCAGAAGUGCUGCGGUUCCUGGAUGCCGGAGGGGCUCCCCCGCCCCGCGAGGCGCUGGCUGUGCUGUACUUUGGGGCCCAGGCAGAGCCCAACGUCACCGAGUACGUGGUGGGCCCACUGCCGGCACCGACGUACCACCGGGACAUCACGGUGCAGAAGUAUGGGGGGAAGGUGCCGUACCACCGCAGAGCUGUCACUGGUGUGGAGUAUGCAGCCAUCAACGAGCUCAUCCAGAAGGAGCUGAGGAAGGCACCACGCUUCCUCGCUGCAUGCUGUGCAUCUGAUGGAACCGACCUGGCCACUAUCACCACUGCACCCCGUGGCCUCAAGUCCGGAGACCGCACCACGUGGUUUGUCCUCUUCCAUGGCAUUGCUGGCAGUGGUUACUUCAUCCUGCCUGUGGGGCUGGAGGUGCUGGUGGAGCAUGGGCCGCUCGAUGUCUCCCAGUGGUACCUGCGCCAGAUCUUCUACAAUGGACGCUACUUCCACAGCACCGCUGAGCUGGAGAAUGCAUUUGUGACCAAGUCGCUGAAGGUGAUUGUGGUUCAGAAGCCCCAGGAAGACACAGUGCUGGGCUCCAUGAGACCCCUCCGCUCACCUGGUGCUCCGGGGCCACUUCAGUUUGAGCCCCAGGGGCCGCGGUACAGCGUCAGGGACAACCGUGUCACCUACCACGGCUGGAGCAUUGCUUUUGGCAUGAACCCCAACACUGGCCCACGGCUCUUCGACAUCCGUUUCCGCGGGGAAAGAAUUAUCUAUGAGCUGAGCCUGCAGGAAGCCUUAGCUCUGUAUGGCUCCAACUGCCCUGGGGGUAUGUCCACCCGCUACCUCGAUGGCAGUUUUGGCAUCGGCAGAUUUGCCUACGAGCUGGUCAGGGGUGUUGACUGUCCCUACAUGGCCACCUAUGUGGAUCGGCACUACCUGUCCGAGUCAGAUGUCCCCAGAACCAACCAGAAUUCACUCUGCAUUUUUGAGCACGACACUUCCCUUCCUCUGCGGCGGCAUUUCUCUGAUGCACACUCCUUGUACUAUGGAGGGCUGCGGAAGAACACCCUGGUUAUUCGUGCUGUCUCCACACUCGUUAACUAUGACUAUGUCUGGGACUUCAUGUUCUACAGCAAUGGGGCUGUGGAGGUCCGGGUCCAUGCCACCGGCUACAUCAGUUCCUCCUUCCUCCAUGACCAGGGCACUGACUAUGGCAACAGAGUUGGGCCACACACACUGGGGACGAUGCACCUGCACCACAUUCACUACAAGGUAGACCUGGAUAUUGAUGGGCAGCUGAACUCACUGGAGUCCCAUGACAUGGGGUACCAGACGGUCAGCAUCCCCUGGAGCCCAGAGAACACCCUGCAGCAGCCGUUCCUCCGCCGGGAGAGGCUGGAGAGAGAGAAUGAGGCGGCGUUCCCCCUCAAUGCCUCUCUCCCCCGCUACCUCUCCUUCACCGGCCCGAAGCCCAACCGCUGGGGACACCUUCGCAGCUAUCGAGUGCAGGUGGUCAGCUUCCCCGGGGAGCACCUGCCCACCAGCAGCCCCAUGGAGAAAGCCAUCAGUUGGGGCAGGUACAAGCUGGCUGUCACCAGGAGGAAGGAGGAGGAACCCACCAGCACCAGUGUCUACAACCAGAAUGACCCUUGGACACCCACUGUCACUUUUGCUGACUUCAUCAAUGAUGAAACCAUCGCUAACGAGGACCUGGUCGCGUGGAUUUCUGUGGGGUUCCUUCAUGUUCCUUGUGCUGAGGACAUCCCCAACACAGUGACUGUGGGGAACAGUGUCGGCUUUUUCCUGAGGCCCUACAACUACUUUGACGAGGACCCCUCACUGUACUCGCCUGACAGCAUCUAUUUCAGCAGCGAGCAGGAGAUAGGGGCGUGUGGAGCCAGCCCCCUCGCCUGCCUGCCUGCGGCCACCUGUGCCCCACGCCUGUCACCCUUCCAAUAUGGUGGCUUUGUCAACAUCAGUCUGGGCUCCCCAUUUGGUGGGCACUGAUGGGGUCAAAGAGGAGGACAGGUGCUGGCACAGACAGCCAGUGUCCAGCCAUUGGGCUGCAUUCCUGGAGGGCCUCCAGUGGUGGAGGGAGUGCAGCCAGCUGGCUGGGACCUGCCCUGCUCAUUUCCUCCUUCAGGUCACGGAUGUGAGGCUCUAUCCUACUGAGGUAGUCAGGUGCCUCUGUGGUGAUGGAGCUGCCCUUGGAGCUUUGCUGUUUGGUGACUGCUCCUCCAGGUGAUGCUGGGUGCCAGCUGCUGUGGCAGCACUGAGCGCUGGGAACAGUACUGGGGAUAAGGAUGCUGCACAGGAUGAACAUGCUGCACGAUGGCAGCCUGGUGCCCAGCUAGCUCCAAUAAAGAAGCACGUUAGUGCAUUUUCUGACCCAUCUCUUGCAUAGCUCGUCAGCAUGGCAUCUGAUGAUCAGAUCCUGGAUGCUGGUGGUGUUAUGAGGCUGUAUUGGUUUGCAGGCAUUCGCCAGAGAGGGCAAAGUUUCAGUGGUGGGCACAAUGCCCAGCAUGGCCGUGUGAGUGUACACUGGCUGUACUCUUGGACCCUGUGUGCUGGCAGGACCCUUCUGCAGCAAAAUAUGGGAUAAACAAAGGAGUUAAUGUGUAAUAGCUGUAUCAAGCUGGAUUAAUUGGUUCUGCCUUGGCUGCUGGCUGGAGCCUUGUUCUCACCCCCCAGCUUGGGGUCCCUUGCUCCAGUGCCUGCACAGCCCCAGCUUGCAGGAGCAUGGAACCCAUCCCCACUGCACUGGGCUGGGUUGGGGCUGCGGUAUGCCAGGAUUCUGUGAGGUUUGUCUCCAGCCCUGGCACAUAGCAGGCAGUUGGCUGCUGUGUCGCCAGGAGCUGCAAAGGGAUUUGCCCUCCCCAGGGGCUGUGACAUGAUGGCCUGCACCUCGGAUUGCAGCAGAAUGGAGGCACUGCAACAUGGGGAAGUGAUUUGGGGUGGGAUUAGUUGCACUGCAUGCUUAGAUGAUGCCUGGGGGUAUCAGUCCUGGGAGCCUGGGGGAACAGAUACAGCGCUCCCUGUGCAGGGACGUACUCCUGUGUGUGUACAGGUACUGCCUGGACUCUGACCACAUGCUGACGCAGGCAGUGGUGACCUUGUUUCCAGCCCCAGCACUGCGAUGGACUGAGAACCUUCUGGAUGAAACCUUGGUGCUAAGGGGCAGCCAAGCGUGACAGUGUGCGCUGCGCGUGCCUUGGCCAUGUGUGGUGGCUUGGGAACCGUGGGGACGCCGUGUCCUGGAGCCAGCUGCUGUCACUGCAGGGCAUGCAGCUCCUGGGUUGCCAGCUCAUCUGGCUGUGACUGUAGGGGAGCCAUUGUUCCCAUUCCAGUUCCUGGCCUCUCCUAAGUGCAAUCCCAAUUUUGUUGCUGUGAUUCUUUCCAAAGGGGCUGGAGUAUGCUUGUCCUGCUUGUCCCCAUCCCCCAGUUCCUUUUGCUCCCAUUUCCUACAGCGAAACUUUUGAGGGAUUAAUUGCUAACUGUUUCAAAAGAUAUUGGAUGUGGGAGCCAAGCCCAUUGAAUUCCUUUGUGCUGGCCAAAAGCUCUCAGCUGAGGACACCAAAAUGAGCUGCUGAGGAAUUUAGUUUUGCAAGAGUAAUUCUAUUUCUGUGCAAACUUCUGCUCCAUUUUGCAUGCUGGGGGUUAGGAUGCUGUGCUCUCCCUCAAGCGUGGCUUUCCCUGCCAGCACAGAGCAGAUGUUCUGGGGCUGGACCCUGCCAGCCUGCACCAAGGUUUACCUGUGCUCACACUUCCCUUUCCUGGGAGCAUCAGAGCAGCCCCAGCUCAUCAGGACACCAAGGCUCAGCUGAUUGCAGAGUGCCGGUGAUGCUGCUGCUCUGCCGUGUUAUCUCCAGCCUCUUGCUGCUCUGCACCUCAAGGUAGAUCUCUAAAUAUUUUCACUGCCCUGAAUAAAUUGGUGUUUGCCAAUAAAAACAGUCCUUCCUGGGCCUGGCAGCUGCAAGACAUCAUGGUGGUCACUUGAGGCAGGGGGCAGGAAGAGGGAGGACGCUGCCCUGUGCCUCCCGCUGCUGCUGGACACAGCCUCUGCAUUGCGUCAAACUGCACCAUGGAGCAGUUCAAGGCUCCUGACCUGAACUUUCUAGAGAAGUGAGAGAUAAGUGGUGCAUUUUCACUGGCUGCUAAUCAUUAACACUCUGCUGUCUGCUCCUGCUGUGUGUACAGCUGUAUGCCUGAGGCUCUGGCCAGGUGCCUCGUGCUGCUCUGCUGUGUGUCCCUGCAGCAGCCAGGGAUGGACAGCUGGAUUUGUCCUGCUGGACUGACCCCAGUGUUCCAGGAUCCUGGGGAUAGAUCUGUGUUACCCAUUCACCCUUAACUCCCAGAGAGGAACAGGAAAAUAGAUCUGUCAGAGCUGCAUGGCUGGGGUGGAAAGAUGACAGGCAGGGACCCUGUGUGACAAGGGAUGUCUUCAGCUCCAUCUGCAUUUCUGAGGGCUUGCAGGGCUGGAAGGAUUAACCUGGGGAUGUGCUAGUUAGGAUCCUCUCCCUACUUGUUUUGCACAGGUCCUGAAAUCCUACAGAUCUUGGGAAAACACUGCUGGCAGCCAAGACCUCACCAGGCCUUGCUCUGGGGAUCUCCUGAAACAGCUUGGGAAGUUUCCUGCUGAAGAGAGCACUGGUUGUGUCAGCCUGGCAGACUGUGAUAACAGUGCUUUGUCAUCAGGUGCAGGUUUCAGAGGGGGUCAGGGUAUUGGGCAGCCCCUGCUCUAUACAGAACCUGAUCCACAGAGGGAUAGGAUAAAUGCUAUUCCAUCCCUCUGCAGGUAUUCAAAUCUCUCCCCUGCUAGUGAACAUUGGGGUUCACUAGCAUAUCAGGUUUCUUUUUUUUUU